CGUGUCCUCCGGGAGCCCAGCGGCCUGAUCCCAGCACCCCCCUUCCCCGCCACCUCCCUCCUCCUCCCUCUUCGCUCUCUUCCCCAGCGGCGUGGAGAAGAGCAAAGUUGCGACAGCGGCCAGGGGGCUCUGCCCAGGGUCAGCGUGGCGAAGGACGACUGGUAUCAGAGAAGUAGCCACCAUUCCAACUCCGGUCGCCCCCACUAUUAUUUCGGGGGAGUGGCCACAGCAGGUCCUAUCUGGUGGUGAGUGGCUGUCAUGAUCUCUACAGCACCGCUGUACAGCGGCGUGCACAACUGGACCAGUUCUGACCGGAUUCGCAUGUGUGGCAUCAACGAGGAGAGAAGAGCACCUCUUUCUGAUGAGGAGUCCACGACAGGUGACUGCCAGCACUUUGGAUCUCAGGAGUUUUGUGUCAGCAGCAGUUUUUCCAAGGUGGAGCUCACAGCAGUUGGAGGUGGCAGCAAUGCCCGGGGGGCAAACCCAGAUGGCAGUGCAACAGAGAAACUUGGGCACAAGUCCGAAGAUCAGCCUGAUGAUUCCCAGCCCAAAAUGGACUAUAGUGGGGGUGCAGCAGAGGCUGAGGGCCUCCUUGUGCCCCUGAGCAGCCCAGAGGACGAGCUUAAGCUCCCUACUCCUGACAGCACUGAGCCUGGCCACAGCAGGGCCAGCUGCUCCUGGACUCCGCUUGGCACCCAGAUGAGCAAACAGGUUGACUGCUCAUCAGCUGGGGUUAAGGCUUUAGACUCUCGGCAUGGUGUUGGGGAAAAGAACACUUUCAUAUUGGCAACUCUUGGAACUGGAGUCCCUGUGGAGGGGACCCUGCCUCUGGUGACCACUAACUUCAGUCCUCUACCGGCACCCAUCUGUCCCUCUGCUCCUGGUUCAGCCUCUGUUCCUCCUUCUGUUCCGGAUCCAUUUCAGGUUCCCCUCUCUGUCCCGGCCCCUGUGCCCCAUUCAGGGCUUGUUCCUGUCCAGGUUGCCACUUCAGAUUCAGCCCCUUCCCCUCCCCUAGCACCAGUCCCUGCUCUGGCCCCAGCGCCACCCUCAGUGCCCACUCUCAUCUCUGACUCGAACCCCCUCAAUGUCUCGGCCUCCGUCUUGGUGCCUGUGCCUGUGUCUGCUUCCCCUUCAGUUCCAGUUCCGGUGCCCCUGUCAACUCCUGCUCCGACUCCUCUCUCAGUCUCUGUUUCUGCACCUCCCUUGGCCUUGAUCCAGGCUCCCGUGCCUCCUUCAGCUCCCACUUUGGUCCUCGCUUCUGUCCCCACUCCCGUUCUGGCUUCAAUGCCAGCGUCCACACCUCCAGCCGCUCAAGCCCCUCCAUCCGUGCCGAUGCCUACCCCAACCCCGUCCUCUGGCCCCCCUUCUACCCCUACCCUCAUCCCCGCCUUUGCUCCUACACCAGUGCCUGCACCCACCCCGGCCCCAAUCUUUACUCCAGCCCCCACGCCCAUGCCAGCUGCCACACCAACUGCCAUCCCCACCUCAGCACCCAUCCCGGCCUCCUUCAGUUUGAGUCGAGUGUGUUUUCCUACAGCUCAGGCACAAGCUAUGCAAAAAGUUCCCCUAUCUUUUCAGCCAGGGACAGUGCUGACCCCUAAUCAGCCACUGGUGUAUAUCCCACCUCCAAGCUGUGGGCAGCCACUCAGCGUAGCCACACUGCCAACCACCCUGGGAGUCUCCUCCACACUUACACUCCCUGUCCUGCCGUCCUACCUGCAGGACAGGUGUCUUCCAGGUGUGCUGGCUUCCCCAGAGCUCCGGUCUUACCCGUAUGCAUUUUCUGUGGCCCGGCCUUUGACUUCAGAUUCAAAGUUGGUGUCUCUGGAGGUGAACAGGCUCUCAUGUACUUCCCCAUCUGGUAGUACCACUGCCCAGCCUACACCUGAUGGGGUUUCCGGGCCUUUGGCAGAUACUUCGCUCACCACUGCUUCUGCCAAGGUGCUUCCAACUCCACAGCCUUUGCUGCAGGCCCCUGGUGGGAGCUCAGGCCCACCUCACCCCACGAAGAUGUCAGGUGGCACUGAACAGCAAACAGAAGGGACUUCCGUUACCUUCUCUCCCCUCAAGUCACCUCCACAGCUGGAACGAGAGAUGGCUUCUCCACCUGAGUGCAGCGAGAUGCCCCUCGACCUCUCCUCCAAGUCCAACCGCCAGAAGCUUCCAUUGCCCAACCAGCGUAAAACACCUCCCAUGCCUGUGCUGACGCCUGUGCAUACCAGCAGCAAGGCUCUCCUCUCCACAGUCUUGUCUAGGUCUCAGCGCACAACCCAGGCUGCUGGCAGCAACGUUACCUCCUGCCUGGGCUCUACGUCCUCACCCUUUGUUAUCUUUCCUGAGAUGGUGAGGAAUGGGGACCCAAGCACCUGGGUGAAAAACUCAACCGCACUGAUCAGCACCAUCCCUGGCACGUACGUGGGCGUGGCCAACCCAGUUCCCGCAUCACUGCUGCUGAACAAGGAGCCUAACCUGGGCCUCACUCGAGACCCUCGCCAUCUCCCCAAGCAGGAGCCCAUCUCUAUCAUCGAUCAAGGAGAGCCCAAGAGCACUGGUGCCACGUGUGGCAAAAAAGGCAGCCAAGCCGGUACUGAGGGACAGCCAAGCACAGUCAAAACCCGUUAUGCCCCAGCCCGCAUUGCCCCUGGGCUGCCGGGGUGCCAAACCAAGGAGCUAUCUUUAUGGAAACCCACAGGAUCAGCAAACAUGUAUCCACGGUGUUCUGUCAAUGGGAAACCCACCAGCACCCAAGUCUUGCCUGUUGGCUGGUCACCAUACCACCAAGCAUCUUUGCUUUCCAUUGGCCUUUCCAAUACCGGGCAACUGACUCCCAGUCAGGGAGUGCCCAUCAGGCCCACCAGCAUUGUUUCUGAGUUUUCUGGUGUACCAUCUCUUGGCUCCAGUGAAGCUGUACAUGGACUUCCUGAGGGGCAGCCACGGCCCGGGGGCCCCUUUGCUCCAGAGCAGGAUGCUGUCACAAAGAACAAAACUUGCCGAAUUGCUGCCAAGCCUUAUGAAGAACAAGUCAAUCCUGUCCUUCUGACUCUCAGCCCUCAGACAGGGACCCUGGCGCUGUCUGUUCAGCCUAACAGUGGGGAUAUUCGAGUGAACCAGGGGCCUGAGGAAUCAGAGAGCCACCUCUGCUCUGACACCACUCCUAAGAUGGAAGGUCCCCAGGCAGCCUGUGGCCUGAAGCUGACAGGAGACACAAAGCCCAAGAACCAAGUGCUGGCUACCUAUAUGUCCCAUGAGCUGGUCCUGGCUAACCCCCAGAACCUGCGCAAGAUGCCUGAGCUGCCUUUGCUACCUCAUGACAGCCACCCCAAGGACCUCAUCUUGGAUGUGGUUCCAAGCAGCAAGAGGGGCUCCAGCACAGAGCUGUCGCAGCUUGGAAGCCAGGUAGAUCUGGGUCGGGUAAAAAUGGAGAAGAUGGAUGGUGACAUGGUCUUCAAUUUAGCCAACUGUUUCCGGGCCGAUGGCCUCCCAGCAGCUCCGCAGAGGGGCCAAGUUGAAGCUCGGGCUAAGGCUGGGCAGGCUCGAGUGAAACGGGAAAGUGUUGGGAUCUUUACUUGUAAGAACAAGUGGCAGCCUGAUGAAGAGACAGAAUCUCUGCCACCCAAGAAGGUGAAGUGUGGCAAAGAAAAGGAAGGCGAGGAGGACCACCACCAGCAGCAGCAACCACCACAAGACAAGCCCAUAGUCCGGAGUUCCCUGGGAUCCAAGUGCCGGAAGCCACCUGGAGACUCCCAGGAACCCACCAAGAAAAGCCCCAGGGGGGCUUCAGAUUCAGGAAAAGAGCACAAUGGAGUCAGGGGAAAGCACAAGCACCGGAAGCCAACAAAGCCUGAGUCCCAGUCUCCAGGAAAACGAGCUGAUGGCCAGGAGGAAGGCUCCUUGGAAAAGAAAGCAAAGAGCAGUUUCCGUGAUUUCAUCCCCGUGGUUCUGAGCACGCGGACACGCAGUCAGUCUGGAAGCAUCUGUAGCUCCUUUGCUGGUAUGGCAGACAGCGAUGUGGGAGGCCAGGAAGUCUUCCCCACUGAGGAGGAAGAGGAAGUGGCUCCCACCCCAGCCAAGAGGCGAAAGGUGAGAAAAACCCAACGAGACACUCAGUACCGCAGUCAUCAUGCCCAGGACAAGUCUCUGCUGAGCCAAGGCCGUAGGCACCUGUGGCGAGCCCGAGAGAUGCCCUGGAGGACAGAGGCUGCCCGGCAAAUGUGGGACACCAAUGAGGAGGAAGAGGAGGAUGAGGAAGAGGGCCUGGUGAAGAGAAAGAAACGGAGACGGCAGAAGAACCGCAAAUACCAGACCGGGGAGUACCUGACGGAGCAAGAAGAGGAGCAGCGGCGGAAAGGGAGAGCAGAUUUGAAGGCCCGUAAGCAGAAGAUUUCCUCCCAAAGUUCGGAGCACCGCCUCAGGAACAGGAACCUUCUUUUGCCCACCAAAACCCAGGGGAUCUCGGAUUCACCCAAUGGUUUCCUCCCAAGUAACCUGGAGGAGACAGCAUGCCUUGAAAAUUCAGAAAAGCCAUCAGGAAAGCGGAAGUGCAAGACCAAGCACAUGGCAAACAUCUCAGAAGAGGCAAGGAGUAAAGGUCGUUGGAGUCAGCAGAAGACACGAUCUUCUAAGUCUCCCACCCCAGUGAAGCCCGCAGAACCAUGUACACCUUCUAAGUGCCGAAGUGCUGGCCCAGAGGAGGCCUCCGAGUCCCCUACUGCCCGGCAGAUUCCCCCAGAGGCACGGAGGCUCAUAGUGAACAAAAAUGCUGGUGAGACCCUCCUGCAGCGGGCAGCUCGCCUGGGUUAUAAGGACGUUGUGCUCUACUGCCUGCAGAAGCACAGCGAGGAUGUGAAUCACCGGGAUAACGCCGGCUACACGGCCCUCCACGAGGCCUGUUCCCGGGGCUGGACCGACAUCCUGAACAUCCUGCUGCAGCAUGGCGCCAAUGUGAACUGCAGCGCGCAGGACGGCACGAGGCCAGUUCACGAUGCUGUGGUUAAUGACAACCUGGAGACCAUCUGGCUCCUGCUGUCCUAUGGGGCUGAUCCCACACUGGCUACCUACUCAGGUCAGACGGCCAUGAAGCUGGCCAGCAGCGACAACAUGAAGCGCUUUCUCAGUGAUCACCUCUCCGAUCUUCAGGGCCGGGCAGAGGGUGACCCCUGUGCGUCCUGGGAUUUUUACAGCAGUUCUGUGUUGGAGAAAAAGGACGGGUUUGCCUGUGACCUCCUGCACAAUCCUCCUGGCAGCUCCGAGCAAGGAGAUGAUGCAGAGCAGGAUGACUUCAUGUUCGAACUCUCAGACAAGCCUCUUCUCCCUUGCUACAACCUCCAAGUGUCAGUGUCCCGCGGGCCCUGCAACUGGUUCUUGUUCACUGAUGUCCUGAAGAGGCUGAAGCUUUCCUCGAGGAUCUUCCAGGCCCGAUUCCCGCACCUUGAAAUCACCACCCUGCCCAAGGCUGAGUUCUACAGGCAGGUGGCCUCGAGUCAGCUGCUGACUCCAGCUGAGAGGCCUGGAGGCUUGGAGGACAGAUCUCCCCCAGGCUCCUCUGAGACUGUGGAGCUGGUGCGGUACGAGCCCGAGCUGCUGAGGCUUCUAGGGUCUGAGGUGGAAUAUCAGUCUUGGAACAGUUGACAGAAACAGCCCUUCCCUGUUCUUCUUUCUCCUCCGAGUUCAUCCUCCCCCCACCUCCCAUGUCUCCCCCACCGAGCACCAGACUGCAGAAUGAGGCAAUAAUACGGACCAACAAGAAGCCGCCUUAUCAAUGCCAGCAUUAGUGACUGGAUUUUGUUUUGUUUCGUUUUGUUUUUGGUUACAGUUAGUUCUCAUCUCCCUGUCGUCAUCGUUGUUGUGGUUGGUGAUGGGGGUGGAAAGAUGAACUCCACGUCUGAAGACGAGAGGUCCAGGGGUGGUGGGAGGUGGCGCCAGCGUCUCUUGGACUGGCCUCCAUGCAUAUGACCGAGACUAAACAUGGGCCUGGGUGCCUGUGGCUUGUCCUGAGGAGAAACGAGAAAAGCCUAAGUCUCCGAGUGCCCCCUUCUGUCUCCUUGUGCUCUUCUGUCUUCCAUAGUAUUUAUUUGAUUAGUAUUUAAUUUGUAUUGUUUCAUUGGUUUCUGAUAAGUCUGUAUCACUGUGACGAUUUGAGACAACUUGUUGUAUUGAGGGACUUUCUUUACCUCCUUUCCUUUUCUUUCUGGAUAAGCUCUGGGGCUGCUCCCUCCCUCUGACAGCUGGGGAGGGGGCAAGGUGGGGAAGGGGAGGGGGGCAUCAUCAUAUGACUAAGGAACCUAGCUGCUGCUGGCACAGAGCUGGGGGGCUGGGGGCAAACCCCUGGCCUUUGGUGCUCCCCCACCCCCUGGCAGUCUUGCUUCUCCUCCUGCUCUUUGUAGGGCCCUGCCAUCUUGAGAUUAGUGUUUACUAGGGAGAGGGGGAUUGUGGGGUGAGUGGUUCCUGAGCUACUCUAAUAAAGGAGAGUUGAGAAUGGGCCUGAGGGGUGAGGGUACUUCCUUCACACUUCUCUCCUGCUCCCCUCAGAGUGCACAAUAGGGGUUUGUUCUGGCAUCUUCUGCCCUGCACCCCCACUUAUCCCAUCCAUGCUUCCCUAUCUCGAGACACUGAGCCUCCCACCUACCCUUCUCCCCCUCUCUACCCCUUCCCAGACACCUAGCACCAUUACAUCUUCUACUUCCUCCUCCCUUGGUCCCCUAUUCCCCUUUGGAAUCUGUCAAGGGCUCUGGGAAAGACUGGCAGAUGUGAAGUCAGGCAUCAGCUGUUUCUUUCCCUAGGGCAGGACACCAAUCUCCAGCUCCAUACCCUCUUGGGGACUUAGGGCUGAGUGCAUGGCAUGUGGCCUGUGGCCCACAGACCUCCAGUGUUAGAUCUAAUCUGUUCAGGGUGUUCAGGGAGAGAAGGAGGGAGAGGGAGGAGCUUGGGCUGUUUCUCUGUCUCCACCCAUCUGUGGCAUUGUCUUUCCUACUCCUGUUAUUUUUCUAUCAAUUGCUAUUUUUCCGAACAAUCCUUGUAGAGAGUAUGUACCAUCCAAAGGCAGGAGGGCCUUGCUGUGGCUGGCUCUGAUUGGAGGUGGUACAGUUUUAUUGUACAGGUGCUAAACAACAACAACAAAAGAAGAAAAUGGAAAAAAAAGACAAAAAGAAAAAAAAAAAAGCCAGUUUGAGGAUGGGACAAUCUGUUCUUCGGAGGCUCCUGACCCAUUCAGGAGAAUUGGUGGUUAUUUUCUUUGUAUUGUGUUCUUUGUUCCCAGGGGAAUUUCUGGGCCCCUUUCUGUAGGACAGCUCCCUGGCCCCACCAUCCUGCCCAACUCGUUUUGAACAAUGUUCUCCCUUUUU